GAGAGAGAGAGGAGCAGAUACUAAGUUGUCCUGGUGCACGAGGAGCCGCAUCUUUGCAUGUUGUGUGUGUUUCUAGUGUCAGACACGCAGACAGAGGAGAGUCAUCCUCUGCUCAUUUCUGUUGGUAUCUGGCUGUAAUAUCACUCAGACCAAUAAAAGUGUCCCGGAGAAGCCUUGAAGAGGACAGCGCAGAGUGUGCUGCCGCUGCUGACCGAAUGCAGAGGAAACACUGAAAGCUGUUCUCCAAACCUCCCUGCAGCUUCAGGGGAGAUUAUCAGAUGUGUACCCAGCACUCAAAACCCCUGGCCUGGCCGCGGGGAUGGCAGCCUCUGCCCUGAACCUGAACGGCCUCGGAGUCAUGAACAGCAGUAAUCAGUUUCACACCCAGCCAGGCUCCUCGAGUACCACGUCUGCAGCUAGAACCAGUCCAGUGGGUCGACCUGUGCUGCCGGUUCCAGAUCGGAGCACCUACUGUCAGUUACUGGGUGGUGGAGCACUUUACAGCCCGACCAGUCCUAAGACAAGCCCUAGAACCCUGGGUCGAACCUUUGUCUUUCCCCCUUCGCUCUCCCCCAGCCCCACCCCUCGUGCUCGUUCCCCCUCCCCGCGAAGCCCGGAGCUCCUAGGAGUCAAUGUGGGCCAGCGGGUCCGACGACUGAGCUCACCCGGCGGUGAGGAGAGAGGGGAAGGAGAAGGGCAGGAGGAGAGGGGAGGUGAGACGGGAGGAGGAGAGAAGCGAGAGGACAGGAGACGCCAGGCACAGCUGCUGCAGAUACACAGAGAGCUGCAGAACGUCGAGGUCAGGGGAAAAGUUGGCAUUUUUGAGGCCCACAUUUCCGGAAUUCGUGCCCAGGUGCUUAACAGUGAGCUCCAGCGCAGCCCUCGGUCUCCAAGACGAUCAACAAGCGAAACCCCUUCGCAUCCCAGCCAGCAAAACACAGUCCUUGAAUGCCCAAUGACCCACCCACACGAGAGUAAAGUUCCCCCUGUUGUCCAGAAUGGAAGCGAGAGAGAAGAAGAAACAAUGGGAGGAGAAAGGAGAGAAGGAGGGAAGGAUGAAGGUGAGAAGGACAGCAGUGCUACUAAAACAAACACUGAGAACGAGACACUGAUUGGUCAAAAUGGCCGCCAUUCAGAAGCAACAAUGCAAACUCCCUGUUUAGACAGACCGUUUGUUGUUCUGGGUUCCCUUGAGACAUUAAACCCUGAUGCAACCACAGACAGAGAGAAAACAGAGGGAGAAAGACUGAGGAAAAUGGAGGGAGAAAAAGGCGAAGGGGAGGUAGAAAACACACAAAUGUGGGGAGACGAAAGAGAACGGACAGAGAGAGAAGUGAGAGGUGAGAAAGUGGACCGGUUGUGUCUUGAGAUGCCGCUCCAGACAGAGGCAAACAGGUUGGAGGUUAACCCGGAAACCCCUGCUUGUCCUCGGGCACAAAGCAGUGAGAGCUCUCCUUCUUUGCUGGACAUCACCAAUCACACCUCAAACCACUCUGCCUCCAUCCCUCCCUCCAUCCCUGCAGUCAUAAUAACUGACCAUGGUUUGGAAAGCCAGCCUCAAACUUUUGAAGGCCCUGGCUCAGACCAGGGACUAUGCUGCACCCCUAGCCCCAGCUCUAGCCCUGUCCCUGGGUCAAACUCCUCCACCCACUCCCUCAGGAAGCUGUCGUCCUCCUCUGCCUCCUCGGCUGGUUUCUCCUCGUCUUGGGAAGAGUCGGAGGAGGACGUUUCCAGUGAUACGGAGAAAGGAGAGCAGCUUCUCAACCCGGCACUCCUCAGUUCUAAACAGAAAGCGCACAAGUCUUGGAAGAAGAUUAAGAACAUGGUCCACUGGUCACCGUUUGUCAUGUCCUUCAAGAAGAAAUAUCCCUGGAUACAACUGGCUGGGCACGCAGGGAGCUUCAAGGCGGGAGCCAAUGGCCGUAUAUUAAAAAAACACUGUGAUUGUGAGCAGCGCUGUUUGUCCCUCCUGAUGAGAGAUGUGCUACGCCCAUACGUCCCUGGUUACCACGGAGACGUAGAGAAGGACGGCCAGAAAUACAACCAGAUGGAGGAUCUGUUGUCAGAGUUUGACUACCCGUGUGUGAUGGACUGUAAGAUGGGAGUGAGGACCUACCUCGAGGAAGAGCUGACCAAGGCUCGUAAGAAGCCCUCUCCGAGACCCGACAUGUACCAGAAAAUGAUCGAGGUUGACCCUGAGGCGCCUACGCCGGAGGAAAACGAGCAGAAAGUGGUGACCAAACCUAGAUACAUGCAGUGGAGAGAGACCAUAAGCUCAACAGCCACCCUGGGAUUUAGGAUAGAGGGAGUCAAGAAGGAGGACGGGACAGUGAACAGAGAUUUUAAGAAAACAAAGACGAGAGAGCAAGUUACUGCAGCCUUCCACGACUUCGUCAAAGGAAAUAAGGAUAUACUGACCAGUUAUCUAACCAGGCUGGAGGAAAUCAAAAAAACUCUGGAGAUCUCCCCAUUCUUCAAAACCCAUGAGGUUAUUGGCAGCUCCUUGUUAUUCGUUCACGACAGCAAAGGACGGGCCAAAGUCUGGAUGAUCGACUUUGGGAAAACCACGCCUCUUCCUGAAGGGGAUGAACUUACUCACCGAGCAUCGUGGGUAGAGGGCAACAGAGAAGAUGGUUACCUUUUUGGACUUGAUAGUUUGGUGAACAUCAUUUCAUCCAUGGUGAACUCUGAGACUUGAAGUCUGAGCGAACAUUCGGACACACGACAACCACUUCCAUUCAUUCUUCCAACACUUUGGACUUCCUCAAGGAUUCCUUAACAGUUCUCAUGAUGGAAACCACAUCAUCCCAUAACAGUGUGUGGCCAAAUCCAUUCAUACAUGCAACCUGUCCAUUCAUGUACAGUGGAUUUCAGGAUCUUGCUCUUCCCCAUCCAUAUCCCAUUGUGAUGUGAUCGUUAUAUCCUCGAGACCAGGCCGUAUUAGGCCUUUUUCACAGCAGACAGUUUAACUUGUCAUAGCAGGAAAAACACAGACAGAACGAAUAACAUUACCGACCCCUUAGUUCCCAGUAAGCUAUCCCUGUGAGUCAGCAUGCACAAUAUCAUUCAUGUUAUUUGUUACCACUUUGUUUUUUCUACUAUAACAUGUUGCAAUGUCUGCUGUGAAAAGAUGGAUUAUACCUUUUUACUGCAGGAAUUCUCCAUUUAAAAGCAAAACAAUUUGAAUAUACAAAUUAAAGGCUGUUAUUGUACUCAAAUCCCAUAAGAAGACCUAAAAUAAUAUAAUAUAUAUUAUAUAUAAUAUAAUGUGUUAGUCUGUCUGGUGAUAUUUGCCAGCCUGUCUGUCUCAGUCCACUGAAGACGUACAUAAGACGUACAUUUUAGAUCAAAAAUAUAUGGUUUCAUUUAUUAAAAAAAGGCUACAUAAUUUUCUAAAUCAGCGGGGCACUGUAGUUUGUAGCAAACAUUAUUCAAGCAGGAAUAUAAUAGUUCAUCUUAAAGCUAAUUUGCAUCUACAGUCCCUUGGCAGGUUUCUGUCUUACACAUUGUAUUUGGUGCAAAAAAAACAACUGUGUCUGUGUGCAUUGUAAUGAAUGAAUAUGUCACUCAGUUUAACAGUGUGGCUCGCUGAUGUGUUUUGAAUUAAGCUCUAUGGCACAGAGGAGUGAGCAAUAUCAGACUUUAGAUACAGACAAUACUAAAACAUAUUAUACUAAUAACAUAUACUAAUACUAAAAAUAACACACAGAUCAAUUCAUUGUUGGUUUUGGGGGAUUCAUGGGAUUUGUUGACAAUAAUAUAUAUAUAUAUAUAUAUAUAUAUAGCAGAUUCACCAGAGUUAGCACUACUUGUGGUAUCAAAAAUACACUGUAAUUGUCUAAUUUUUCCACAAACAAAAAAUCUCAUUUUUGACAUUCAAUUUGGGCACACCUUAGCUCCCAUAUCUUUUAAACAGUAAUGCCCUAACUUAACUUAGAUAUAUCUAUUCAAUGAGAUUCAAUUGUUUUUCUUCCUCAGCAUCUAAACUUGAGUGUAUUGGUUUUUAUUGUCUGUUUGACCACAACUUCAGCACAUUGCAAAUUUAAAAAACAAAAAACUAAACAAUCUGCACUUAGUUAAAUGUCCACUGUUAGAUACUGUACAGUUAAGUGUGUUUUUACCCAUGAAAACAAGUUUUAAGGUGUGUUUUAUGGUGGAAAACAAGACUAGUGUUUUAGCCGUUUUUCACCUCUGUUUAGCCAGUCACACUCAGAGUUGAGAUACUGUAGGUUGGUCAGUGAGGUUUUUCAGUGGCAUGUUUGCUCCACAAUAAUCUGGCUAUAACUGGCAAUUAUUUGGAGCUAAAUUAUACAUCUCACGGUAGUUUCAGUAUGUUGUGGAGGGCAUUGUUUCAUAUGUAACAUAUUUGCAGUCAACAUGGCGUCCAUAGUUCUUCCCCGGCCAAACACUUAUCACCCUUCUCACACUCUGUUGUGAUUGUUCACAAUGUACAGUAAGAUUUAUUAUGUUUGAUGUAGUUUUUGUAACAUUAUUUUUAGUGUACUCGAAUCCUGUGGAACACUUACAGCCAUGAACAAUCGUAUUUAAGCUAUACAGUGCCUUGACAUUACAAAGCCAAGUCAGACAACUGAAAAUAUGUUCUUACUCUGAAAAUGUUUUAUGAAUUCUCUCUUAGUCUUAACUGUUGGUUUCUGUGCUUAGUCUUACAUGGGUGCAUGUUUAUUAUCCUCUUAAAGUUUGGGCUUAAUUUGUAUUUCAUUAUGUUUUUAUUUAUAACAUUAUAUUAUGUUUUAGUUUUUUUAGUUAAUGGAAUACUGUGACAUUUUGAAUUUUGGGCUGUUAUGUUGUUUUGUCUUCAAGCGUGUGUUACAGUAUGAGUGAAAGUCAAACUGUGGGACGGGACACUGACAUUGUGGACAUUAUUCAGAUUGAUGAUGUUCAGCUAAUGAUACCCAUUCCUCAUUAAAACAGGGAAUGCAAACAGUCACUUAGAAACUGGUUGGGAAGAUAAGGGAGAAAAAAAAAGUCUCAUUAUGUAACAGGUUCUUGAUGAACAAUGAAAACUAAACAGUAUGUAGGUUCCACUCUACCAUAUAUUUAACAUACCAUGGUUUUCAGUUGAUGUUUGCAGUGACCGUAGAUGGAGAAAGAGGCUGAUUGUAAUUCCAUGCAGUGCCUUCUGUAAAGAAGUAGUUUAAUAUUUUGGGAUUUAGUUCGGACUAUGUAUUAGUUUUUUUGCUCAGAGUUAGAUGGUAAGAUUGAUACUGAUCUUAUGUCUGUACGCUAAAUAUGAAGCAUCUGCCAGCAGAAGGUUAAAUUGUCUUAGCAUAAAGACUGGGGG